UAAAAAUGGAAUCUUUAACAGCUACAAAGAAUCUUUUGCUAAAGUUCAGUAAUAAUAUCAAUAUCUUGCAGUUUUAUGGAAAUUAUCAACAAUGAGAAAUGCUUAUGAACUCGAUAUCUAAGACAACCUGCAACCUUUGGAGCGACUAUUCAAAUGAAUACAAGUCAAGCUUCUUCAUCUGGGACGGAAGAAGGAAGGUUCAGAUCUCAAAUUUUGAUCAAAGUUGUCUUGAAUUACUGCAGAAAAGCCCAGAUUGCCUUAAGCAAUUAGAUCUGGCUAUUCAGAUGCAGUUUGCUGAAGAUGUAACAAUUUUAAAGGAUUUACUUGAUCUGAACCCCAAGAUUUCACUCAUUUCGACUAAGUUCCAAAAUGUCUAUGAGAAAGAAUUGCUCCUGAAAACCCUUAUCGACCAUAAACUUAAUUUCAGAGUUGUGACUAAUUGAAAAAGCUAUGAAGAAAACUUGGAGAGUUUUCAUGAAGACAGCAGUGGCUACAUAAAUGUCUUACUGGAAAUAAAUUUAGGCACAUAUCAGAAUCUUAGUAGUACAGAUCCUGGAAUGAAGCCAAGUUCCAGCACUGAAAAGAUUAAUACCUAUACUAUCAACCGACAAUGCUGGGAUGAUGAAUACCAGCAUGUCGCUGACCAAAUGGUUAAAGGGACAAAGACUUCUACCUCAGAUUAUAUACUCGAAUCUUUGAUAGAAAGAGGAGCUUUAUCUUUGACUGUUAAAGAAAAGUCUGAGCUAAAAAUCUCAAAUAUUACUCAAGAGAUGUAUGAUAAUGAAUUCUACUCAUCAAUAUCAUCAUUCAGAGAGUUCGACGAUGCAAGCAAUUUAAUCUUGGAAUCAAAAUAUCCUUUCAACUGGCGCCUAUGGAAAAGCUUUGUAUUUUUCCUGAAGGGGAUUGCUGUUGAUGCAGACAAAACAGAUAUGUCCUCUCCAGGAUGUAUGAAUAUAAGACCCAGGAAAUUAGUCUCUUACUACCCAAACAAGUUUCAUUGUCAGUCAUUAGCAGAACUCAAGAACGUGCAUAUACUUACAAUUUUUGAAGAAGAAGAGUAUCUCCUCUAUGCAAAGAAGCUGCACAUUGGAAUUCACAAUAGCUCAAAAUUACUCUAUUAUGACGAUACUUGCUCUGUAUUUGUUGACCGAGCUGAAGAAAAAUAAGCAAACUGGACUCAUGAAGACUUUUAAGAUCACAAAGGCAAGAUUGGUCAAAAAUCCUCAGCAUCAUCCUUUCAGAAGAGAAAUGAUUUCACACCUCAAAGAGAAAGGAUUUGAAGAAGACAUGUUAAAGAACUGUAUUAUAAUUCGAAACAACAUGUAUUCAUACAUUGAGACUAGUGAUUUCAAGCACUUCAACCCAAGUUUCUGUGAGACAGUUAAAAUCAUGAAGAAAUUCACCCCAGAUAUUGACGAAGAGGAGGAAAAAGAAUUUAGCGCAUUUGUGUCCAAGACCACCUCUGAUAAGACCUGGAAAGGUCUUAUCAGUAAGAAUGUUUUGAUAGAUCUGGAGUUCUUUAGCCUAAAGGCGAAAAUCUAUGAUUACGAAUACAGAAACGACUCGUUGCAACAGCUCCUUUGCAGACCGAAUCUUAGAGUUCUUACUUUAAGGGGGUUUAAAGAUGGAGAGAAUCUUAUGCUAAAUGAUUAUUUCAAAGAACUCAUUCUUGAAGUUAUUAAAAAUUCAACUCUUGAUCAACUUAAGAGCGAUACUUACAAUAGCUACUAUAAUGGAAUUAAAUGAGAGGAAGAGAGUCCAAACAAGGCUCUAAUCUACGGUAUAUGCGAGGAAUGUGAGUCCUACAAAAUGUUGUCCUCUUCAUAUGUGCACUACAUCUACUAAAAUCCCA